UUUAUUUUCCUUGUGCACAUAUAUACUACCAGAAAUUUGUAGCCCUAUAAGAAAGCUGAAAAAUCUCGUGGAAGUCUAAGAAAAUUUCGUUUAGCCAAGACUGUAGUUGUACUUUUUGUAGCCCCAACUCCAAUUGGUUACCAUUGCAUGUUCAUCCUUGACUCAAAGUUCUCAAGUUCCAAAUUUCCUGUCCACAAUAUCGUUGAUUAUCACUACCUGCUUGUGUAAAGUCUCCAACGAUGUUAGCACGCACCUUCUGUACUCUGAUGAGAAGAGAUUAUAUACAAUGCAAUGAAAUUGAAAACCAUUAACGGGAACUUUGACAAAAGUGUCCCCUUCAUUUUAGUUGUCUGAGAUGCACUAGUCCUCAACCACCGCAAGUGAUGAAAGUCCCUUAUUUGGAUCAAUACAUAUCUCCCCUACUGCUUUGGCUCAAUUUUCUACCUAUCCCAACCACCUUCUUGAAGCUCCAGAGAAGAAAUGGGUUCCUUUUCUUGUCGAAAUCCCACAUAUUUGUUGAUGAUGUAUCCCUUGCUGAUCAUUCUUUCAUCCGUUGCUUACUGCGAAGUUGGCGAGUCAUCAGCCUAUGAAGUACUCCAACAAUAUGACUUCCCAAUUGGUAUUCCUCCCAUAGGAGUUGCAGGCUACGAGUUGAACACAGAAACUGGCCAUUUCUUGGUCUAUUUCAGUGGAACUUGCACCUUCUCCAUUGAAAAUUCAUACCAGCUUCAGUAUGAGCCCACCAUAUCUGGUGUUUUGUCCAAAGGUAGACUCAGUGAUCUGAAGGGCGUCAGUGUCAAGGUGCUCUUCUUCUGGCUCAGCAUUCUCGAAGUAGUUCAUGUUUGCAAUGACCUGCGGCUCUCUUUGGGAAUUGCUUCCACAAAUUUUCCAUCCAACAACUUCGAGGAGCGUCCUCAGUGUGGGUGUGGAUUCCAUUGUGACCAGUUGAGCACUGUCCUCCCCUCAUAUCCAGUCGCUACUUACUGACUGGAAUGAGUGUUUUGCUGAUAAGUUAUCGGCUUUCUGUAUAUUGCUAUGUAAUGCAGCAUGUCACUUGUGUUUUACAUCGAAGGAUUAUUGAUUGCCUGAUUACAGAUUGUUAUCUAAUUUGGAAUCCCUGCCCCCGUAGAAUUAGAUGACAACAGAAUUAGGCACCAU